AUGGAGACCACCAUCACCCUCAAGCGCACUGGCGCAAAGAUGCCGCUUGUCGGCUUUGGUCUCUGGAAGGUCACCAAAGAGACCUGUGCAGCGACCGUUUACAACGCGAUUAAGGAGGGAUACCGUCUCUUCGACGGGGCAUCCGAUUACGGAAACGAGAAGGAGGCUGGUGAGGGUAUCGCUCGUGCCAUCAAGGACGGUCUUGUGAAACGCGAGGACGUCUGGAUCACCUCUAAGCUCUGGAACUCUUACCACGAGAAAGAGCGCGUUUUGGAGGGCUGCAAGAACUCUCUUGCGCUGUGGGGCCUCGAAUACUUCGACCUGUACCUUGUUCACUUCCCGAUCUCCAUCGAGUACAUUGACCCCAAGGUCAAGUUCCCUCAGGAGUGGUGGGGAGUUGAUGGCAAGACGGUCACCCCGAUCAAGGUGCCCUACCAGGAGACCUGGACCGAGAUAGAGAAGCUUGUCGACGCAGGUCUGGCCAAGAACAUCGGUAUGAGCAACGCCCAGGGUUCUCUCAUUCACGACGUCAUGCGCUAUGCUCGCAUUGAGCCGCAAGUGCUGCAGGUCGAGCUUCACCCUUACUUGACGCAGGAGUCCUUGAUCACCUACUGCAAACGCCUCAACAUCGCCAUCACCGCCUACUCAUCGUUCGGCCCCCAGAGUUACGUAGAGAUCAAUUGUGACAAAGGCGCUGUGAGUCUGUUGGAGCACGACACCGUUGGUAGCAUUGCGUCGAAGAACGGAAAGACCACGGCCCAGGUGCUUCUUCGCUGGGCGCUCCAACAGGGUCUUGCUGUAAUUCCCAAGUCGAACAACCACGAGCGUCUGGUCCAGAAUUUGGCGUGCACUGGCUUUGAGUUGACUGCGGAUGAGAUGAAGACGAUCAGUGGUCUCAACAUCAACCUCCGACUCAACGACCCCGUCGACAUCCACCCGUCUUUCGCGAUCUUCGCUUAG